CCAUGGCCGGCCGGACCGUGCGGGCCGAGACCCGGAGCCGGGCCAAGGAUGACAUCAAGAAGGUGAUGGCGACCAUCGAGAAGGUCCGGCGAUGGGAGAAGCGCUGGGUGACCGUGGGCGACACUUCCCUUCGCAUCUUCAAGUGGGUGCCCGUGGUGGAUCCCCAGGAGGAGGAGCGAAGGCGGGCAGGUGCCGGAGCAGAGAGAUCCCGCGGCCGAGAGCGGCGGGGCAGGGGCACCAGUCCCCGAGCAGGUGGUCCUCUCAUCCUGCUGGAUCUCAAUGCCUUUGCUCCCACAGAUGAAAACAGCAACCAGAGCUUCCAUUCCGAAGGCUCCCUGCAAAAGGGCACUGAGCCCAGCCCUGGCGGCACCCCCCAGCCCAGUCGCCCUGUGUCACCUGCUGGACCCCCCGAAGGGGUCACCGAGGAUGCUCAGCCCCCGCCGCUGGGCCAAGAGAGAGAACCCGCGGCCAUCCCUGCAGGCGGGACUGAUGAGCCCCCCAUGCUGACCAAGGAGGAGCCUGUUCCAGAACUGCUGGAGGCUGAGGCCCCUGAAGCUUACCCCGUCUUUGAGCCAGUGCCACCUGUCCCUGAGGCAGCCCAGGGUGACACAGAGGAAUCGGAGGGCGCCCCCCCUCUCAAGCGCAUCUGCCCAAAUGCCCCCGACCCCUGAGAAGCCGGCCUGCUUGUCCUGUCAUCCCAGGGGCCCCUUUGGCUUUUUACAAAUAAAGUCCCUUUUGUAA